AUGAUGGCUCGUGGAAAGUUGAUUGUGUUCGAAGGCCUUGACAGAUCGGGCAAGUCGACACAGUGCGAGAGACUGGUGUCAUAUCUUUCCGAGAGAGGCCUGCCAGUAAAGCACCGUCGGUUUCCUGAUAGAACAACCCCAAUUGGUCAGAUGAUCAACAAUUAUCUGCAAGGUCAAAGCGAGCAAGAAGAUCAUGUCAUUCAUUUGCUAUUUUCUGCGAAUAGAUGGGAGGCGGUGUACGUGCUUCCAAAGGACUGUCAGCCACUUGCUAACAACAAGCAGNNAGGGUCGAUAGAAGCAGACAUCAAUGCUGGGACCACUGUCAUCGUUGACAGAUAUUACUAUUCUGGAUGCGUCUAUUCUGCCGCAAAGAACAACCCUAGCCUUGACCUCGUGUGGUGCCGUCAUCCCGAAGAAGGUCUUCCUCGUCCGGACCUGUGCCUAUUCCUUGACAUCUCAGCAGAAGAUGCUGCAAGGCGAGGUGGUUGGGGAGAAGAGCGAUACGAGAAGAAGGAGCUUCAAGAUCGUGUUCGCCAGCUUUUUGCCGACAUUCGAGCCACGGAUGACGGUUCUGACUUUGUAACCAUCAAUGCUGGUCAAAGUCUCGAGGAGGUCGAAAGUGAGAUUCGCAACCAUGCUGAAGCUUGCAUCAGCACAACAAAUCACUCGGCCCCUCUGCGACGCAUUCAGCCAUGGUAG